UACUCUAUGAUAAAUGUCAUUUUGAACUCGCUAGCCAGAUCCACAACAAAAGUAUUCAUUAAUUCAAUUAAUUAUAUAUAAUCAUAUUUAUAAACAGUUUGUAAUAAUUUUUCAAUUUCAAUUCUUUCGAUAUCAAUGGCAAACCACUAUGAAGUGCCUAAUUGGGCUGGUAUUCCACCUACCGGGUUACAUUUAGAUGUUUUGAAAGGCGAAAAACUAAUACAAAAGCUAAUGAUAGAUGAGAAAAAAUGCUAUCUCUUCGGAAGGAAUGCCCAAAUGAAUGAUUUUGCUAUAGAUCAUGCUUCGUGUUCCAGAGUGCACGCUGCACUUGUGUGGCACAAACAUUUGAAUAGAGCUUUUCUUGUAGAUAUAGGAAGCACUCAUGGAACAUUUAUUGGAACAAUGAGAUUAGAAGCAAAUAAACCAACUCAGUUGCCUAUAGAUUCUAAUUUCCAUUUUGGGGCUUCUACAAGAAAUUAUAUUAUAAGAGAAAGACCACAGACUGGUAUAAGGCCAAUAAUUGAUGAGAUAGAGAAAGCUGGUGAAGAAACAGAGGGAGGUCUAUUAGGCUUACCAGAAACUGAAACUGAAUUAGACAAUUUAACAGAAUUCAAUACUGCCCAUAACAGGAGAAUAUCAAUGCUUGGUAUAUCUGAUGACAAUGAUAAAAGAACAUCGAAUAGAAAACGUAAGCGACAUUUUGUAACAUUCAAUGAGGACGAAGAGAUAAUAAAUCCAGAAGAUGUGGAUCCUUCAAUUGGCAGGUUUAGAAACCUGGUACAAACCACUGUAGUGCCAAUGUACAAAAGGCAAAAAAUAUCAGAAAAUCUUGGAAUAAAUACCUCGGAAUACAAGCAAUUAAAACCAAUAAGUCAUACAUCAGUAGAUCUAUACAACGAUUUGCCUCCAGAAUCUCAUUCUUCCAGUAUGAACAUUUAUAGUUCUUUAAGUACAAAGUUAGGAAUGGUUUUACCAAAUCCUGCACCUGAAGUUGACAUGGGACAACCUAAUCCAGCACCCUUUGUGCCUCAACAAGUGCAAAUUACAGAUCCUUCAGAACCGAAAAAAAAGAAAUAUGCAAAAGAAGCAUGGCCUGGAAAGAAACCAACACAAACCUUACUUGUUUAAAUUUAAGAAUACUAAUGUUAAGUUCAAAAUAUUUAACAUUUUUUGUAAAUUUGUCAAUUCAACUUGUAUAUAUACAGAAAUUAGUUAAGAAGUGAUAAAUGUGUUCUUAUUCACAUAAGAUAAUAAAGAGUGUGUUAUUAUUGAAAAGAAAUGUGUGCGAAUUUUCUUUUUUUGUAAAUAUGACUGAAGAAAGUGUUAAUAUUAUUAUAAGAUUAAAAGACUCUCAUGGUAUAUUUUUGGUAUCUACAUAGUUUCGUGUCGAGUUAUUUCUUGAAGUAUUUUUUAUGUUUUUAAUUAUAAAAUUCAUGGUU